UACUGCUCCCUAAUGUCAGUCUCUCUCCAGUCUCCCAAUACUGAUGGUUUAACACAGACUACACUGUAGCUUACAUCAAAAACACAAUCAGUGUAUAUUUGUAACCGGUUGGCGCGCUGAAAGCUACGGGUAGAUGGCUAGACGCUCACGAACAUCAACAGUGGGUCGUGUGUGUGAGGUAGAGAGAGUGGGAGACAGACAGACAGACAGAACGUGAUAGACAUCAAGAUACCGUUUGUAAUCAAUACAAACAGAAGAAACAUUGAGAUUCUCCAACAAAGAUAUUGGCAAACUAUUGUUACGUUUUGCAUUCUAAGUGCGCGAGACGAUCAAUAACCCUUCGUGGGACUGCAAUUGAACAGUGAGAAGGCACCGAUUAUAAAGAUUGAAACAAUAAUUACGCUUUGCGAGAAGAAGCUGAUCAUUGUCCUGGAUUGGAUUGGGGUCAAUCAAUUUGUAGCUCAACGUCAAGAUAAUAGAAAGAGUUACCAUGGAAACUGUUCUGUUCUUCCUCUUUUCACUCCUGGUGUAUGUGGCUGUGCCUGUAUUUUCAGAUGGUGAAAAGGAGAAGAAAGAGGUGGACCCAUUUGUCUAUGACUAUCAUAGCCUGCGGAUCUGUGGACUGGUCUUUGGUGUGGUACUCUUCACGCUGGGCAUCCUCCUCAUCCUCAGUAAGUCUUCAUACUUCAGCCGAAAAUGUCGCUGCUGUCCCAAUCAGGAGAAGAAGCUCAAGGCCCCUGGAGACGAAGAGGCUACAGCAGAGACCCUGAUCGUGUCCAAAGCUAAGGAGCCAGAGCCAGAGCCAGAGCCAGAGCCUGAAGCUAAGGCUGAGAACUGAGUCAGCCCAACCAGACUGCCUCCCCACCUGACUGACGAUCAACCAUAUCUGCCACUGAACAACCAGUGGUG